AUGGCGCCCACCGAGGCCGAGAAGGAGCCCCAGGAGAAGGGCAAGAACAAGUCGGUCAAAGAAGACGAAGUCGACGAAGCAGCGGCCCAGGAGAGGUUCUCACCUGAAGAAGAGGCGUCCCUCCUGGCCGAGUCCAACGCAAACAAGACCGAGGCCAACGCCCUCUUCUCCUCGUCAAAGUACGAGCAGGCCAUCACCAAGUACGACGACGCCGUCGCCACCUGCCCUAACUACCUCGACUAUGAGCUCGCCGUCCUGCGCUCCAACAUCUCGGCCUGCCACCUCAAGCUCGAGCAGUGGAAGGACGCCGUCUCGAGCGCCUCUGCUGCCCUCGACGCCCUCGACCGCGUCGACAAGGAGGCGGCGCUCGAGCAGGACCGCCGCGACAGGGAGAAGGCCGCCGACGAGGACGUCGAGGACGAGAUCGUCAGCUCUGGCGCGGCCGCGGCCGCGCCCGCCCCGCCUCCCGAGGACGACCCAGAGGAGACCGCGCGCCGCGCGCGUGGGGAGGACGUCCUGCGGAUCCGCGCCAAGGCCCUCAUGCGCAGGGCGCGCGCGCGGAGCGAGCAGGGCGGCUGGCAGAACCUCGCCGGCGCCGAGGAGGACUACAAGACGCUGUCUCUGAUGAAGAACCUCGCGCCCGCCGACCGCCGGAUCGUGCAGGCCCAGCUGCGCGCGCUGCCGCCCCGGACCAAGGCCGCGCAGGAGGCUGAGACGGCCGAGAUGUGGGGGAAGCUGAAAGACCUGGGCAACGGCAUCCUCAAGCCCUUUGGUCUGAGCACGGACAACUUCCAGAUGGUCAAGGACGAGAAGACGGGGGGCUACUCGAUGAACUUCAACCAGGGGCAAUGA